GACAGACGGACGGGCGCCUGUGUUGGCGGCGGCGGCUGCCUGCACGGGAAGGAAGGAUUAUAGGUGGAUGCGGUGUAGGCGCCAUCUCUUCUCCGGCCCAGUCCGCCUGACUGUCCGUGUACGUACGUGUCUCCGUCGCUAUCCUAUUUAAACCUCUUCCUCCUCCUCCUCUCUGGACUCUUGACUGCAUCGCAUCGCAUCCAUCCAUCCAUCCAGAGCAGGCUACCACCGUACGCCCCCUCCUCGCCCGUCUCCGGCCACGACCAACUCCGGCGGGUCUCCCCAUCCUCCUCGCUCCCCUGCCCCGCCGCGCAUUCUUCAGGAGACGUGUGCGAAAACCACCCUUGACUGAGGAGGAGACUUGCUCCUGCAUCAGGGCCGGCCGGGAAGAAGAUGGGCUUCCUGUCGCUGCUCGUCGUGGCUUCCAUGCCCAUCGUCCAGGUCCUGCUCAUCGGCGUCAUCGGAGCCUUCCUCGCCUCGGGGUACAGCAAGGUCCUCACCGCCAGCGCCCGCAGGGACAUGAACAAGGUUGUUUUUACAGUCUUCACCCCAUCUCUCAUCUUCGCCAACCUCGCCAAGACGGUCACAAUGUCAGACGUCAUCUCCUGGUGGUUCAUGCCGGUGAACAUAGCAAUCACAUUCCUGGUUGGCAGUGCUCUAGGCUGGCUAGCGUGCAAGAUCCUCAAACCGCCGCCGCAUUUCCGUGGCCUCAUCAUGGCCUUCUGCUCAGCAGGAAAUCUCGGUAACCUGCUGCUGAUCGUCGUCCCGGCGGUCUGCGACGAAGACGGCAACCCGUUUGGGAAUGACCGGAGCCAGUGCCGCUCGCGCGGCCUCUCCUACUCGUCGCUGUCCAUGGCUCUUGGUGGCCUCUUCAUAUGGACGUACACCUACAGCCUGAUGCAGAAGUCCGGCAAGCUGUACCACAAGAUGCAGUCCAAGAGCGUCCAGUGCCCGGCGGACAGCGACGAGGAGCAUCUCGAGGGAUUCAAAGCCGGCGACGAGGAAGCGGCCCUCCCCGCAUCGGCUGGACCCGAUGACGAACACAACGAGGGGAGACAGAUUGAGGCUCCACUCCUGUCGUGCGAGAGCGAUGUCGCCAACAACAAAGGGUUCUGGACGAACAUGAAGGAGGCCGUGCACCAGCUCGUCGAGGAGCUCAUGGCGCCGCCGACCAUAUCCGCGAUAAUUGGAUUCGUUGUUGGGCUAGUGCCAUGGCUGAAGUCGCUGAUCAUCGGCGACGGCGCCCCUCUCAGAGUUAUCCAGGAUUCUCUGGAGUUGAUGGGCAACGGCACCAUACCCUGCAUCACCCUCAUCCUGGGAGGAAACCUGACACAAGGGCUGCGGAAGUCGGUGCUGAAGCGCGCGGUGAUCGUGGCGAUCGUGUUUAUCCGCUACGUGGCUAUGCCAGUUAUCGGGAUCGCCGUCGUCCGUGCGGCGCACGGGGUCGGGUUCCUUCCCCACGACCCUCUCUACCGGUACGUGCUGAUGUUGCAGUUCGCGCUGCCGCCCGCCAUGAACAUCGGGACAAUGGCGCAGCUGUUCGACGUCGGGCAGGAGGAGUGCUCGGUGAUCUUCCUGUGGACGUACCUCGUCGCUGCUGUGGCGCUCACCACCUGGUCCACCGUCUUCAUGUCCAUCCUCUCCUGAAGCAUGAAGCAGGCAACCAUGAACAGUUCAAUUUUGUAAUGGGUCAGGGAGAAUUCCGGUAGAUUCCAUUUGUAAAGUGUUCAUUCCAGAGUUUGUAAGUAGACACGCCAUUCUUUCUGUAUGCUAAAUACUAGUCCAUUCUUUAUCGAAGAACAUAGUAGUUCAUAUUCA